GGCACGACGGCACGUCCACCGGCCGAUCGCACAGUGCACCAGAAAGCCCGGCCAGUUCACUCCGAUCAUCCAUCCACCCGCCGAUGGCCCGAAGCCGGAGCGGCGGCCUCUCGUUAUCGUCCGCGCUGAGCCUGGGGCUCGCCGUGCUGGCCGUCACAUGGGCGGCGUCCACGGCGCAGCAGCAGCCGCCGGCCGUGCCCAGCCCGGGCGUGAGCGUGCCGAGCUGCCCGCCGGUGCAGGCCUCGCUGUCGCCGUGCGUGAGCUACUUCAUCGGCAACUCCUCGUCGCCGUCCGACGCGUGCUGCGUCCAGAUGCGGGCCCUGUUCCAGUCGCAGGCGCCGUGCCUCUGCGCCGCCGUGUCCGCCGUGCCGUCCCAGCUCGGGUCCGUGGUCGGUGGCCUGCUCCCCACCGCCUGCGACCUGCCCCCCAACGCCUGCUCCGCUGUGACAGGGACCACCAGCUCUGCUCCGGCGCCGUCGUCGUCGACGGGAACACCUACUGAUGCUGCGGCUGCUGCGCCGGUGACCGGUCCGGCUGAUGCGGACCCGGCUGGCACGCCUUCCGGUGGUGGGGUGAAGUCGGUUCCGGGGACGGUUGAUUCGGCGGCUGCCGUUGAGUGCAAGGGGACCUCCGCUGCCGUCGUCGUCCUGGCCAUGGCUGCCUCGUUCCUAGCUGCUUAUGUUCUCUGAUAUCGUCAUGUGAUUCCUGCCGGGGCAUGUUGUGAGUUCGUGACUCGACUAGAUGGAUGUGCCGCCUGUUACCAGUGAUGAGUCUGUCACUGAUUUGCUCCACUGCACAUCAGAGGUGUGACUUGUUUUUAUCGGUUAUUAUUAUCCCCAGUGCACACCAGAGUUGUCACUUGGUGGUGCGAUGUAUAUAUAGUGCUAGCUUUUGUAACGAGGAAUUAAUUCCACUUGGUGGCUUC